CGGCCUCAUUAUCAAUCAACGUGAUUAGACAUCCCUUUGCUCACACACGUUCUCUCAAAACCUACUCGUGCGUUCUCCAUGCGCUUGCAAACAGAUCAUUCCUCCCUCUGAACCUCCAUAAGACACCUCACCAGCAGCCUCGAGCGUCUUGCUUCGCUCGACCUCCUUCUGGACGCUUCUUGUUGCCCGAAUCUCCGUUGUCACGCCCGCUCUUAGAGCCCAAUUCGAGUCCGUCCGUUUGCGACCCGCUGCGGGACACCACCAAAGACGAGCACAGCACGUAGCAGGACUUUGCAAUCCCAUCACUAGUGACCGCCGUGUUCAGACCCAUCGCCAAUAAGCGACGCUCGACGCUCUCAAACCGUUCACCGUCUUCCUAGUUUGUCCUCACAAGAACCGUCAAGGUGUUUUCCUCGGCCUUUUUUCGCGCGCGUUUCCUCCCGCUUCGCUCCUCGGUUUCUUUUCCCUUCGCUGCAUCUGCCGCUGCUGCUUUUGACCAUCACAGUACGGCGACGACCACUUCAGCAGCGGGCGGAUUGUCGAGAGCCACGGCACAUCUCCAAAACCGCGGCAUGCAUUCGAAAGUUGCCAUCAUCGGCUCCGGGCCAGCUGGCCACACAGCCGCCAUAUAUGCUGCCAGAGCCGAUUUGCAGCCAACCAUGUACGAGGGCUUCCUGGCGCUUGGCAUCGCUGCCGGCGGGCAAUUGACCACCACAGACGACGUGGAGAACUACCCUGGCUUCAAGGAGAUAAAGGGUCAGACGUUGAUGGAUCAAAUGCGCGAGCAAUCCGAAGCGUGUGGCACCAAAAUCAUAACUCAGACUGUGGCGAAGGUGGACUUUUCCUCCCGGCCCUUCAAACUAUGGCUUCACCCAAUGGGCGAUGAGGAGACGAUCGAAAACGAAGAUGAACCUCACACUGCCGACGCAGUCAUAAUUGCCACGGGCGCAAAGGCUCGCCGUCUGAACCUGCCAGGCGAGGAGAAGUACUGGGGUAACGGUGUGAGCGCGUGUGCUGUUUGCGAUGGCUCGCUGCCCAUCUUCCGCCAAAAGCCUCUUGUAGUGAUUGGAGGCGGUGACUCGGCCGUUGAAGAGGCAAUCUACUUGACUAAAAAAGCGAGCAAAGUCACCGUGCUCGUGCGCAGGAACGUCCUGCGAGCGUCGAGGGCGAACGCGAAGAGGCUUGCAUCAAACCCAAAGGUAGAGAUCAAGUACGACACUGUUGCCACGGAGAUUGUCGGUGAGGACAAGCCGAGGGGUCUGAUGACGGGUCUGAAAAUCAAGAAUGUGAAGACGGGCGAGGAGGAGCUGAUCGAUGCCAACGGACUGUUCUAUGCUGUCGGACACGACCCAGCCACGCAGCUGUUUAAGGGAAAGCUCAAGAUGGACGAAGAUGGUUAUCUGAUUACGGAGCCCGGGCGGGGUCUGACGAGCGUCGAGGGCGUGUUCGCAGCAGGUGAUGUACAGGACAAGAAGUACAGACAGGCCAUCACCAGCGCAGGUUCGGGAUGUAUCGCCGCACUGGAAGCCGAGAAAUGGCUCGCCGAGCAGGAGUCCGAAGAGACGUCUCACGAGCCCGAGGUCAAGAAGUCUCAGGCCAACAGCGUAGUGCCAGAGUACAAAUCGAACCCUCUCCUAUGACUAUGGCGGCGGAUCGCAACGCUCGAACCGAGAAAGAGGCUGCUCUUGCUGCUUGCGGCCACGUGGGCGAUGAGGUCUGCACUGGAUGUGCUACACCGUCGAAAAAAUGCGCCCGAAGUAACGAUGGGUAGGAAGAGGAAGAGGUCGCUUGGAAAUGUGUUCUUUGAAAGAUUUGUGCAUAGACGGGUCUCCGAAGAGUGUUAGAGAAGACCCCCCUGGCCUUUACUUGGCCUGGACGUGAAGAGAUAAAAUGUUCUCGGUAUACUUUUUGCAUUGCGGAACCUGGAAAUAGAGACGUCUUCAAUCGCAGAAAACAUGAUCUAUUGUUUGCACCUUUGCAAUUCGCUUUGCCGAUAACUUAGGGAAUUGAAGAAACG